AUGCCGGUCGCCCGGAGCUGGGUUUGUCGCAAGACCUACGUGACCCCGCGGAGACCCUUCGAGAAAUCCCGGCUCGACCAAGAGCUGAAGCUGAUCGGAGAGUAUGGGCUCCGGAACAAACGUGAGGUCUGGAGGGUCAAAUUUACCCUGGCCAAGAUCCGCAAGGCUGCCCGGGAGCUGCUGACGCUGGACGAGAAAGACCAACGGCGUCUGUUUGAAGGCAAUGCCCUGCUGCGGCGCCUUGUCCGCAUCGGGGUGCUGGACGAGGGCAAGAUGAAGCUGGAUUACAUCCUGGGCCUGAAGAUUGAGGAUUUCUUGGAGAGGCGCCUGCAGACCCAGGUCUUCAAGCUGGGCUUGGCCAAGUCCAUCCACCACGCCCGCGUGCUGAUCCGCCAGCGGCACAUCAGGGUCCGCAAGCAGGUGGUGAACAUCCCGUCCUUCAUCGUCCGCCUGGACUCGCAGAAGCACAUAGACUUCUCCCUCCGGUCCCCGUACGGGGGCGGCCGCCCCGGCCGCGUGAAGAGGAAGAACGCCAAGAAGGGCCAGGGCGGGGCGGGAGCCGGGGAUGACGAGGAAGAGGAUUAG